AUGCACACACGGAGGGAGAGAGGGAGGGGGGAGGCGGAGCCGCCGCGCACGCGCAGGAGGCGCCGCUGCCGGCCAGCUGAUUCGAACGGGGCGCGCGAGCCGCCACCUCCUCCCGCACGCGCUGGUCACGUGGGGGCUUCCCCCCGCUCCUUCCCUCCUCCUCCUCCUUCGCCUUCGCCUUCCCCCUCCCCUCGCGGGUUCCGAACUCGGCACCAUCCGGGUCCCCCUUUCCCCGGGGCUGGGCCCGGGCCGAGCCCUCACCUGGCGCCCGCUCCUCGGCGCGGCCGGCCCCGCGCAGCCCGGCGCGCGGCUCGCUCCCUCCGUGCUGCCCGCACCAGGCGGCGGCGGCGGCGGCGGCGGCUCCGCACAGCGCCUGCUCCCCUCAGCUCGGCGGCGGCGGCUCCUUCCGCUUCCUUCCCCUCCCCCUCCAGCCACUGCGGCGGGGACCCGCUCCCUGCAGCUCCGCCUGCUGGCAGAGGGCGGGGGCGGCGGCACGGCCUGCCCGCUGCCCCCGGGCGGGGGGCUGCGCCGGGUGAGGCCGCGAGCUGGGCGGCCCCGGGAGGCGGCCGGGGCGGGCCGAGACCCGCGCGGGCAACGGGUGCCCGGCGGGGCGUCCCGAGAGGACGGGGGACGCGGCGCCGCUCGCGCGUGCGGCUGAGGCGGCAGCGGCCGGGGCGCGGCGGGAUCGCUGCGGGCGGACAGGGGUGGGAGCGCGCGGCGGGCUGCCGGCGGGCAGCGCUUCCCAGAGCGCGCGGCGGACGCCGUGCUGCCGGGAGAUCCCUUCUGAGCCCAGAAAGCGCUGCUCCGCGGAUCCGCGUCCGGCGCUCUCUGGACGACGGCUGGAAAUCAACCUUUCACGUCUUAUUUUGGCAUCCUCCUCGUUCCCUGCGAGUCAGCCUGCUCAUGUGGUGGGACUUUAUUUACCGAUGCCUUUUCCCAAUGGGAGAGGAUCUACCGCCUAUCUCUCGUUCUCCUCUAACCCCACUGUUUUGUGUUGUUUUUUUGCUUGUUUCUUAUGUCUCUGGAGAGCUUCAGGUAACAAGGAUGAAAAGAUUCGAGUUUUCUGUGUAAAUGCUUAUGGAAGGCAAUAAAACCAUAAUACGAACCCCUAACAACUCUCCAUAUUGCUGGAAAAUCCGAAACUAAAUCAGCUUUCUGUAAUAGAAGAUUACCUAGAGAGAAAUAUUUUCAGUUUCUUUUAAAGACAAGCACUGUGGUGGUCAGACUGACUGUGCUUGUGUACAGAUCUUUCCAUUUAACACCACCAUAAUUGCCCCAAUUACUGGUCUGGCCGUGCAGUCCUGGACUCUGCAUAGAAACCUCAGUCGCUUUUCCACUUUCCCGAGUGGUUUCCACUUCUCCCUUCUUCCUGCUGACUUGGAAAUCCUGCGAAGGGAUUCAAAACGACGGCAAUCCCACAAGAGGGAGAAGGAAGUGUUUGUUGUUGACUCUGUGCCGCUGUUCUCCUGUAGCCUUCUGUCCGCGUGCCCAAAUCUUAAAGAGCAACGGAGCCUUUUGUGUUGGCAUUGCAGAAGCACCUGUAAGCACUGACUGCGAUCAGUGCAGAAAUAUGUUUGCUCAGCUCGGCAGCUGCAGCGGCUGAAGACAUGAUUGCGUUGCAGCCAAGUGCUAGCGCUUUCACAGUAGAACUGAGUGUUCUCACAGCAAAAUCUAUUGUAUUUUGUUCAAGUUCCCAUGGCUGCCGAAGGGCGCAGUUGAGCAAUACAGGAGAGCUGAUCUGACGGCCUGCUGACACAAAGCAGCACUCUUUCCCCACGCACUCCCUCCCCCCCCCCCCCAAUCACACUGGUGCCUAUCUGAACACUCAGUAAAUCAGACCUUCCAAGACACCAAGGAGCCGUUCCCAUUUCUGGGGUGUUAAUUUUUGGCUAAGAAAUAAACUGCUUUGGAUGAUGAACAGUAGAGGCAGCAUGUGAGAAGUGGGGGCAAAGGUGCUGCCAGCAGCGGGGAGGAGCAGGACUAUUCUCUCUUGGCAGAAGAUACUUUUUGGCAACAAGUUUGAACCAGUCCAACCAUAGUGCCUAACCACACCCCAGACCAGGAUUUGCUUUGAAUUCACUGGGGAGUGCUUAAACUCUACGCUCUGCUAUCUUUCUUAAGAAGCAAUUAUGUGUAGUGAUGGGACGAUAACAGAGCAACCGUUGUUGUUAAUGGCACGGGGUUUUUGGUAAUGGCUCCUGCUAAUGAAGGGGAUGCUCCUGGGCUGUGCUCCACCUCUGUGUGCCCCUGCUUUCACUGGAAUGAAUCCAGCAAUUGCAUACCCACAGGGCAGUUUGGCUCAGCAAGCCUAAUAGAGGAAAAUAACUAUAUGCAAAGAGGAAAAAAAAAAAACAACAAGCCAUGCAUAGGAAGGAGAUCAAGCGUACUUACUGUGCUUAUUCUCAUUAUACUUCUUGCCUCCACCCAAGAAAAUUUACAUUUAAACCCUGAGAAACCUGCUUUGUUUGCAGCUGGUUGGAUGGGGCUCUACUUUGACUCUUGUCCCCACAAUUAAACUUUUUCCAUUUGUUCAUAGUAUCUGACAGCUCCUUCCCUGCAGGAUGCUGUAGUGGCUUCUAAAUAAUUCCUCAGCCUAUAGGAAUAUGGUCCUGCCCGGCACUGUCACAUUUCUGUAUCACAUUUCCCCUCCCCCAGCUACUCAUAUAACCUACCCAAACCGUAAGUCUUGGCACAGCCUUUUUCUCUGUGCAGCAAGUUAUGCCAUACACCAAUAACUGGUAGCUAUAUUUUGUUGUGGGCAGCCUCAAGUAAUUCAUAAUGCAGUAGCAACCUUUCUGGCCUUGCCACUGGUAGUAGUAAAAAAACAACAACACCACCACAUUCUGAUCAUGGGGAAACAACUGUUAAUGACAGCUUUUCCUCAUGUUAUAGUGGGACAAGCUAAAAAAGAGGUCAGCCCCACCUCUAAAGUCACUGUUAGCUACAAAAUGAGCUGUUUUAUCCCCACCAUUCCGCUGGAGCCCCAGCUCACAUUUGUGCAUAGAGGUGCCUAAGACCAUGAAGUCCAGCACUGGCAGAGCUGUUACAGGGCUUUCAGUGGUUGCAUCACUGUUUCAACCUAUUUAAAAUCAAUAGCAUAACUGCUUUUCCAUUAUUAAAGCAAAUGUGGGUUUUUUUUGUUUGUUUUUUAUUCUCUAACAUUUGUCCAAACAAAGCUCACUGCACAAUUCAGCACAACUGAGAAACUGAUCUGAAGGACAGCUAGGUUAGUUCUGGUAUUUUUCCAGUAUGCUCCAAGAAGGGCAUUUGCAAGCAGGCUACUCCUGAUUGCCUACCUGAUGCUUCUAUUAAACACAGGGUUUAUGGUAUCAGCCACUGCUCCAAGAUCUGUGCUGGCUCUACACGGUCAUGCGGGAGGGAGAUUACAGUUGAGUUCUUCUCUAGAGUUCAGCUCAGGCUUAUUUGCUCUGAUUCAAGAACAGCUGCAUUGGACUGACUGGUUUGUGGGGAACUGCUUUGGUGGCUGCACAGUAAGCCCUGGUCAAGAGCAGAGACUCUACCUGAAGCCAGCUGAGCCCAAACCUAAUAAGUCAUCCUGGAAUGGAUGAGAGCUAGCUCAGCACAACUCAGCGUUACUCUUAGCUAAUCAACUCAAUCUUAAACAAGUCAGAAAACUUCUUAUUCAUUCAGCUUAUGAUUUUCCUAUUGAAGUAUCAAGAUCCUGUUGCAUUUUCUUAAAUCUACCCAUAAACAACCCUUACAAGGAAACCGGUCAUCAAAUGACUUGGCUUAUAGUCUCACAAGAAUCCCUAAAGCCUAUGAGUGAUCUGUUUCUCACAAAUGGACUUUUUUUUUUUUUAAUCUGCAUCUCUCAGCUGACACACCUUUAGGAGAGAAACAUUUUGUGAUAAUACCAGCUUUUUAAUGAAAAGUAUCACUCAGCUAUUGUAAGCAAACACCUGCAAUUUGAGAUGCAUUAUAAACAGGGACUUUUUUUUUUUUACCUUAUGACGUGGCAGUGCUCACAUAUUUACAGAGGAAAAAAGCUUUAUCGCCUUGUAUCACUGAAAGCGAGGCUGAAGGUAUUAAGACCAGCCAUGUGUUUUAAAUAGCAAUAACUAUUACAGAAUGCAUGCAAGAAGUUAUGUUUUUCCUCUUUUUUUCUAUCCCAACUCCAAAAGGAUAUUUUUUUAUCCAACAAGAUAAACUGAGUUUGUAAAUAGAUAAUUUUGGUGAAAUAAUGCUGAAAGUGAUUUGUCCUUCUUUGUGACACUUCAGAAAGUCUACAAUUCUUACUUUGCUUCCUGCUACUAAUUGUCAGCUCUGGAUGGCUUAAGUAUAGAGGGAAGCCAGAAAAGCCAUCUGUUUGGAAGAAUGAAAAAGCCUAGUUGUUUUACUCAUUUCCUGGGCAAAAUGAAGAGCUGAAAGGUUUUCAGUGAGAAAACUGCUUAGACUGCACUAAGCCAGAUGUACACAGGGAAUUCAAAAGGAAUAAAUGGAACAGGAUUUUCUUAGUUUGGUGUAAAAUGGUUGUAUGGCAAAUAAGAAGAAUCUACUUGUUUCUUCAAUCAGAUAAUCUGAAAAAAUUUUGUAUAUUUUCCAAAUCUCGGAUAUGCUUUUCAAAAUUAGCUUGUGUGAUGAAUAUUGAUUAGAAACAAUUGUCUGUAACACGAAAUGGAAAGAAGCUCCUCAGAUUUAGUCCUUUUGAGAAAUCAUAGGAUAUCUUGUGUUACCAAAAGCCAGUUACUUUAUGAGCUUUGAAUCUGAAAAGCAGGAUUCUUACAUAAUGCAUAAGCAUUAUGCAUUAAAUUACAUCAGAUUUCAUAAGAAAAAGUCAGCCAUAUUUAACUUCUGCUCCACAAAUGAAAAUUGUUACAUCCACUUGAUGUGUUCUAUAGCCAAGCAUAUUUCUUACUCUUUAUGUUGAUAUCCUACUGCCAGUAGGACAAGCUGCUAAUUGAACACAUAGUUAUAUGAAACUACCCUGCUCUAGGGUUGAAAAAAUACAGGAUCAUACACAGUCACAGAAGGCUCUAAAUAUAAGUUCUUUCAGAUAUCACUGAACGUUGUGCUAUGCUGAAAGGACUUCUUUGAGUACUCUGUGCCUCCAAAUUAGGGACCAACACUACUACUUGUUGGCUCCAAUCUUCAGAUGUCUCCACUUUGAUAGCCUGGUCAGAAGGUAACUCCAAUCAGCAUAGUUCUAUUGGUAGAACAGUCAGAAUUCCUGUGUGACUGUGCAACUCCCAGGCAAAGCAAAAAAAAGACCACAAAAAAAAGACCAAAAUUUCCACAUGAAAUACAAUUUUGUGGGGGAAAAGAGAUUAAAUUGAAAAAAAAAAAGUAAUUUCCAUGCAACUGCACGUCACAGUACAGCACCUAGAUAGAGCAGUAAAGUCCUAAAGCAAGAUCUCCUUAUCAUGGCCAGGGAUGUGUGGCAACAAAGGGUGUAUCUGUUCUCUCUUGAAUUCAGAUUUGGCAGAUUUCAUACCACUGAGAUGUUACCCUACAGCAGUUUUUGUUAGAUGCAUACAAACAUGUUUUUGCUGCAUUCAGGCAUUUCAACAGCUGACAAUGACAACACUACUCAAAAUAUGCAGUUACCAAAAUUGAUUGUGAUCUUGUCUGAUAUGAAUUAGUAAAAACGCUUUUUUGCUCCAUUUAAUCUUCUCUUCAUAGAGUUAUUGAACAGGGUAUAGAAUCUCUUAACUUUCCCAGCAAGAUUUCAGGCUGACAGAAAGACUGACAUCCAUUAUAGCAUUCCAGAGUCAUUUAUCUGCUUAAAAACAUAAAACUUAAUCUGAUGCAUCUACUCAAGAUCACUAUUCCAGGGAAGAACCAAAAAUUAUUACUGUAAUGCCUCAAGCCAAUUAAGGAAAAGGAGAAAUAGACUGUGCAUUUCAAAUAUAAACUGAUAGACACGUCACCAUCAUUACACAUAGGACUAAUAUAGAUUCAACCUGCAGAAACAGUUUUCUGAACAACAACAAAAAAAAAGAAUUCUCAUCAUGAUAAUCUCUAGAGCUUCCUCCAUUUCCUAAUAUUCCAGAAACAAGAAGACUGCCUUAUAAGCCAGUAAAAUAUCCCAGUGACAAGGAAUAAUUUUACAACUAACUUGCUUCAUUAAGCAUACUACUUAGCUCUGAGCUCUCAAGUAUAUUGUAGAAGUGCCUCGUUUUGCUACUAAUUCAACAGCUCUUUGGUUCAUCCUUUUCCCUCCAAUUAUACUGUUCACUUACUUUACACAAUAUCUGAAGCAUCCUUCUGGAUGCUGGAGGUUCCAAUAUACACUCAGCUAAACUACUUACAAUAAAUAAACAAACAAACAAAAAAAAACCCUGAAAAAAAUGUAGAGAGAGCAAACUUUCAGCUACUCUAGUCCAGGCAGUUUUCUCCAGAAGAGAGAGUUGAAGUGACCAGACUGAACAGCAGGCUUUUAAUAGCUCAAAUCUAGACUACCAAGCCUCAAAUAAAGCCUCCACUGAAUUUUCCCUCCUUGAAAUGACAGCUUCCCUGGCACCCAAACACACUGCUGUCUUUCCUCAACUGGAAACAAAUGGACAAACAAUCUGAAGUCUGGUUAAAGGCUUACGGAGAAAAAUCAUUUCCAUGGCCCCUUUCUGAGAUACAUUCUUCUUCUGCUAUUAAUCAGAGCUCUCUUCUCAGUGCAGGUUUUUCUCCUUUAAGCACUGCAGUGCUGCCUGCCUUCCACUAUACACAAGCAAUCCAUCUGGAGUUCUCCCACACUGUCUUAUUUUAAAAGGCUAUUUCCAUUUCUGUGGCAUAAAAUCCUUCAUAAAGUCCUCAAAGUGCUAAAAACAAGGCAGUCAUCUUUUUGGAACCAUCUUAAACACAAACACAUUUCAUCCGUGCAAACUUGGGAAUUUCCUUUUUUGUUAGCAUGACAAAUAGUUGUAGUGUGAGGAUGCCUGUCACUGAGGUGACGGAGGCACUUCACAACUCAGCUAGCUUGAAGCAUCUCAUUACUGGCUUAGGCACACCACAGUUCAGGACUGCAGUGGAAAAAAUUUCUGCAGUGGAAAAAAUUUCUACAGAAUGACUAGACUGUUAGAAAUCUAGAAAUAUUUCUAUCUGAGCCCAUGUCACCAUUACUGAAACUGAGGCUGAUAUUCCUACUCAUCUAAGAAAACUGUUUUUUUUUUCCCCUUGAAUCUUCCUUCAGCAUUCUUUUAAGCAAGAUAACUUAUUUUUUAGUAUUGAGUCUUGCAGCUCUUCUCUAAGAUGGUCUCUCUCCAGCCUGCAUUUGUUAUCAAGUAACAUCCAAAACUGGAAGCAGUACAUGUGAAAUCUCACAAUCAAGCACAACACCAAGUAGAGCAGAAUAAUUACCUCCUGUGCCUUGCAUCUGAUGCUUUUGUUACUAUUACCCAGUUUUUGAGGUUGUUUUUGUUUGUUUGUUUGCUUUGCUACAAUUGGAUUUUGAGUCUUUGUCUGAUCUGCUGUAAUAACAAGAAUAUUUGACACAGAACUGCUUCAUGCCUUGGACAAGCUAAUGUCCCCAGCAUCAGGCCUUUCUUCCUCUGCAGAUUUUACUGGUCUAUCUAGUCUGUUCUACUCAUCCUGACAUCUCAUGGGCUGGCCAACUGAUAUCUGUGAUAAAGUUUAAUCAAGUUUAAAAUUGAGAAAUGUUUUCCUUAUGUAUUAGAGAUAUAAUCAUUGGCUUUGUACUGCUGUUCAUCUACCCCUCUCGUUCACCCUAUUGUGCUCUGGUUUUAGCUCUACUUCUUACCAGGUUGGCUGUGGAAAACACUGGAAUUUACAGAUGGAAUUUCAGACAGAACCUCUUAUACAACACAUCAGCAACACGGUCAAGUACUUUAGGUUAUAGGACACUGGGACUCUCAUAGAUGGGUUUCUAACCACAAUAGCUUUAAGUACUUUCUAAAAUACAACAUAGGUUUCAUUUUAUUCUAGAUAUAAAACUAGCCAGAAGAAUGUUACAUCAGUAUUUUUCACUCAACUGUCCACAUCACUGCCUCAAUAUAAAGUAGUCAGGAAAUAUAUGGGUGUGGGAACAAUAUCACAGCAUUACUCCAAGGUUUUCAUACUGAUGUAGUAAAUGAAAAACAUCUGAGAAGGCUCCCAACCCCUCCCCAUACUGCUUUUCCCCCUCCACCCCUUUUUUCUUUUUCUUUUUUU